AUCUUUACGACUUUCGAAACAAACUAAAUCUAAUAAUCGUCUAUAACAAUCUACUUUGAAUAGAAAAUUAAUACUUUACAGUUGUACAUAAAAAUAGUAUUUUUAAUAAUAUAUUAUCUUGUAACUAAUAUAUCUUUCAGUUUUAUCAAUAACAUAUUCAGAUACGUAUUGAGUAACAUUAUCAAUUUAUCAGUUCCAAACUUUUGUACUGCGAUUCCUUCGAUACCGAUAGUGCAUUUGUCACGAUGGUAUGAUUCAUAACGCGUAACAUAGGAUAAUAUUACUAAUCUUUACAUUCUUUGAUAACCACAAGCAUUUUUUGUACGUACUUUAAAUAUCUUAUGAGUAUUUUAAACAUGUAAAUGUAAUAAGAUAAUUAUGGCAAAGAAUUCACUAUCAGAACAAUUCUCCUUGAGGUGGAACAAUUUUUCUACUAAUCUGACAUCUGGCUUUCUGACUCAUCUUACUGAAAAUGAUUUAGUUGAUGUUACUCUUGCGGUAGAGGGUCAAUUACUACAAGCACAUAAACUUGUUCUUUCAGUGUGCAGCCCAUACUUUAAAAAUAUAUUUAAGGAAAAUCCUUGCCAACAUCCAGUAAUCAUUUUGAAGGACAUAAAGUACACUGAAAUUGAGUCAUUAUUAAAAUUUAUGUACCAAGGUGAAAUAAACAUAAGACAAGAAGAUUUAUCUACUUUUUUGAAAGUAGCGCAAACACUGCAGAUUAGAGGACUCGCAACAGAUGAUACCAGUACUACAAAAUUAUUUUCUAAUUGUGACAAUCAACCAAAUACUGAUUCCAAUACACAAAGUGUUGCUCAGUCUUAUUUAAGUACAAUUAGGAAAACUUCUAAAGAUGUAGAAAUGAUUGAUAGAAGAAAAAGGUCUCGUGAUAUAACAAAAAAAAAUGCCAAAAGGAAAAGACAGGAUGCUUUGACAGUAUCGGAGAGUAUUCAUGAUUUGUCAAAUGAAGAGAUAGAUGACAAACAGGAAGUUUUGCUUUUAAUGAAUAAAGAAUCAAAUGAAUCUGUACAAGAAAAUGAAGAUGUUCCUACUGAGCAGGAUAAUGAUAAUGAUAACAAAGAGGUCUUAUUUGAGCAAAGUAGUGCACAAACAUCAAGAGAAAAUCCUGUGCAACAAGCUGUUGAACCAGUGAUUUAUAGGCUUUCUGCACGGGGUCGCCCACAGUUAGUACACGAGGGCUAUGUCUAUAAUUUAACAUCUCGUUCAGAAGGUUUAAACAGAUCUCAUUAUCGAUGUGCAGAACAACAUCGCGGAUGUAAAGGUAAAUGCGCGGUAAUUGCAGAACGAUUUAUGCCUACCGGUGUACAUGAUCAUAAUCAUCCUCCUGGAUAUCAAUCAGAGCAUGAUUACAGAAAAAAGAAAGGCUUAGAUGUAGAUACUCCUUAAAUCGAAAGUAAACUCACAAACAGCAAUUUGCUUUCUUGGAAUUUUUGUUACGAAAAUCGAAAUAUUUCAAGUAAUAUAAUUACAGAAUGCAAAAAGUAACAGUUAGUAAAUAUUAUUCAGUAUUUUGAAAGUAAAUCAUUUUUAUUCCCCGUAUAGUUAUGAACGUUGAAUUUCAAUGAAUAAUAGCAGUUCAUUACAUACAAAUAUGUAAAAUUGAGUCAUAGAUAACUUCCAUUUUUUCCGUUUUCAAAUUUAUUUAUGACCAAGUAUUUUACAGUUAACAUUAUAAACAUUCCUUGGGAAUUACAAUUCGAUGUAAUAAUUUAUACUGGAAGUACUAUACAGUUGUAAUUAACAAUUAUACAACAGAUCAAUUGUAACACAAGAUUGUGUUUCAACUUUUUCUGUGAUGCACUUUCUUAUGAUUUUAACAGAAAAUUAGGAAACCACAAUAAGCACAUUCCAUUUAGUAUUAUGUGUAUAUUAAAUCAAAACCAAAUAAGAGUAUUUAUAUUUGUUUACAUAUAGAAUACAGCAAGGUUUGGAUUAAUCAUUGUUUUCAGCAAUAUAUCUUCAGGUUAAUGCGUCGAAAAGCUUCUAAUUUCAUGUUGUUUAGCAGCUUUAAUUUUUUUUAUGGUAAUCCAAACCUUACUGUACUACCUAAUAAAUUUAAUUCGUUUUAAUAACUAUACGCCCAAUGUACAUGU